CUGGGAGCGGCCGCCAUGUUUGAUACUGGCGACAGUCAGGUCACUGCUCGCGCACUGCCCACUCAGUGUUUGGGCCUGGCGAGCAUGCGCAGAGCGGAGCACCUCGCGCACCAACGGGAGAAUAUUCUCCCAGAAAUGGACUAUGAUCCACCAGAGCUGAAGGAGUCGGGGUUUACAAACUUCAGCGUUUUUGGCGACUGGGAGGAGAGCGAGUUCGAGGUGGCAGAUGUAAAGGAUAUGAGAUUGGAGGCUGAGGCAGUGGUGAAUGAUGUUAUCUUUGCUGUUAGUCACAUGUCAGUUUCCAAAUACCUUCCUAUCGGAGAAGAUGUGGCCUUCAUUAACGUAGAAACCAAGGAGGGGAACAAGUACUGCCUGGAACUGACCGAGGCAGGGCUCCGGGUGAGAUUCCAUUCACACUCAUACAUCAUACUCACACAUCAGUAA